AUGCUGUCAGAGUGGCGCGCCCUAGGCGCACAUGACGAAGAGACGUAUGGGCCUGAAGGCGCUGCGUUCGUCACGUCGCAAAGUCGUGCCCGCGGGCUAACACGCGCCAUCCUCGAUACGUUCCCGAUCGUCAAGUUCGAUCGCGUGGAGGACGCGAGGGCGCCGGUGCCUAUACCGAAGGACAUCGAGGCGGCAACCGUGGAGGUAAACAAGACGCGGCACACGGAACAGCUCGAGCUUGCUGAGCUGCCUGCUGUCCGGGCGAUGCUGGCUACGGACAAUGAAGACGACAAGGAGCCCGCAUAUGGGGUCUCAGAGGAGAUGCGGCGUGGGAGUCUCGAGGCGGGCUCGAGCUCGUCUCAGCUGUCAACGCCCGUGGUCAGGCCGAGGAUACCAGCUGCACGUGCCGAAGCGUCCACGUCCUCCGCCAUGAGCAUGGGCGACCAAGAUCUCGUCCCUGACGCCAUUGGUCGCGAAACGUGUCCGAUCUGCAUCGUGGACUUCGAAGAAGGGGACGACUUGCGCGUGCUGCCGUGCGAAGGGCACCAUCGCUUCCAUCAGCAGUGCGUCGACCAGUGGUUGCUCGAACUUUCAGGCAGCUGUCCGCUUUGUCGACAAGACUUUCAUGUGCUCGAAACGAUGAUGCACUCGACUGACGGCCACGGUGAUCUCCCUCCACCGCCCGAGUUUGGGAACAGCAGGCCACUGUCGACUGCCGGAGCAAGGUUUUCCCGGUACAUUCGUCUGGCUCGGCGCACGAGACGUCGUAAUCGCGAGGGCGUCCCGCACGGAUAUGACCCGACGAAUCCUCCCAUGCCUCCAGCUCCCGAGACGACGCUCUGA